ACACAUGCAUGCAUGAAUACGCACAGACGCACACAGGAACACACACACACACACACGUGGACGCGUACACACAUACACUCACGGGGAGACGCACACACUGUAAAGACUCAUAACGCUGAUGCGAGUGUGGACACCCAUAACGCGUGAGUCUCGGGACCUCUCUACGUGAUAGUUGUCACACGGAGACUCCCUGUUGACAGCUACAUAGAGACAAAGAGAUGAAUGGUCGUGUGAAGUGACGAUCACCACUGCACGGCCGACUUCAAACGUGCUCCAACUGAUAUGUUCCCAAGCGAACCAUCGCCUCCAAGAUGUCUACCAGCUUCUACGACACAUCGACCCUAACAUCAUCCUCGACAUCCCUCCCCGACGUCGACCCCACGACCAACGCCUCCGUCAGCAACGCGACUUGGCCGGCUCACGUCGCGCGCGAGUGCCUGGGCUUCAGCGCGACCGCCUGGUACCUCUACCUGGGACUCCUCUUCCCCGUGGGUCUCCUAGGCAACUCAUUGGUCCUCUACACCUACUGGCGCACGCGAGUCAAGCGCCAGCUCCAGGAGUCGUUGGACGCCCUGCUGAUGGCCCUGGCCGCCGCCGACCUCGUGUCGGUCGCAGUUUCCCCGUCGUGGGUCUCCUCCGCACUCCACGCGGAUGCGGCGCCUCGCAGCGGGCCGGGCUGCCUGGUGACGGCGACGUUGUUCAACGCGGCUCACUACGCGAGCGCCUACUUGCUGCUGCUCGUCGUGUGCCAGUGUUCCUUCGAGGUCCUGGGACCUCCGCACGGCUCCUUCGCCCGGCGCCUGCGGGCGAAUCCCCUGGCGGCCGCGCUGUUCGCGACCUUGUUGAGCGUGGCGCUGUCAAUCUUCACGACGUUGAUCGCGAACGCCGGCGGUCGCGGCCACGGCAGCAGUGGCGUUGGUGGCGGUGACGACGGCCGCGCCGAGGAAUGCCUCUCGUGCCGGCCCGACCCACGCCACGGCCCCCACGGAGGAGACCUCUUCAAGUUCUUCCUCGGCUUGGUCGCGCCCGCUUGCGCGAUGUCGCCGUUUGCGGCGCGCGCCCUGCGCGAGGUCCUCCUGGAGGGGUCUCCGCCGCCACGGCAGGGAGGGGAGGCCGCGAGACGCAGAGCCGAGAGGAGGCGGCCGUACCGAGCUCCGUUCGGCAUCGCCGUCGCGUGGGCAGCGACCAGACUCCUGUACGGCGCGUCGCUCCUGCUGCGCGCCGCCGUGCCGCGUCUCGACCAGACCGGCGCGGCCUUCUCCGACUUCGCCCUCCUCGCCAUCCUCUGCUGCGGCUGCGCUUCGCCGCUGAUGAGCGCCGCGCUGCGCGAGUGUUACCGGGAGAGCGUGCUGGUGUUCGCGAGGUGGGCGACGGGCCCCUGCCGGGGCAUCUCCACGAGCCAGGCGCACAACAAGGUGAUGCAGCCCAUCGUGGAGGUGGCCGAGGCGAGGGGCGACAGCUGCUCACUGCACUCGACCAUCGGGGCCAUCGAGUCGAGCGCCACCCCGAGGAUGGACUUUGCCCGCGCUGCGAUCCGAUGGGACGCCUAUCCGUCCGUCGAGGUUCGGGUUGGAGGGGAUGAUCAUUCGCAGCCGCGGACGCCCGCGUUUGGGCAUCGAACGCUCACCGUGUGACUCUGGUGUCGCGAGGGAUCACGUCGAGGCGCUGUGGCCCCACGAGUGAUGUUGCUACGGCGAAAGCUGCGGUCAUGAUCGGCACCUAGAAUCAAAAUCCCCAUCGUCAUCAUCGUGGUCAUCGUUAUGAAGAAUCUCUAAAGCGUCGUAAUCGUUGUCGCAGUCAUCUUCACCGCUCGCAGCAGCAGCAGCAGUGUCACCGUUGAUCACAACCACACCCGCUGCCAUCCUUGUGUGGUUAAAUAGUCAUAAUUCAUCAUCAAUCAUCCCAUCAAUCACCGCUAUCAACACCGAAAUGGAAAUCAUCAUCAUUAUCCAUCCUGGCUAUAUAUAAAUCAAGACAGCCGCAAUCAUCAUCACAACGAAACAUCAUCAAAAUCGCCAUUAAUCAAGAGAACAACACUCAUCCACAACCACCACCACUAUCAACAUCAUCAUCAUAAUCGCGUUGUAUUCCCACCAAAAACUCCCGUAACUCACUUGAACCUUCGUAUACUGUCAGGUUGUUCAGUUAGAUUGGAACACGCAAUACUGUGGUUGUGCGUGAGUAUGCGGAUUUCGACUGAACGUUGUCUUCAUAACAGCUCGUGUUUGAUCAGCAAUACUGUAUGUUGAACAAAAAAAUGUAACCUCAAUUAACACUAGUCUGCAUUGUGUAGACUGAUCGGUGCUGUUUCAUGCAUAACUGAAGAUACAACUUCCUGUGAGCGAUUCGCGCGCGAUCUGCUUUUGCCAGUGGUUCUCAACUGAUCUGGUUUGGAUGCCUCCCCGGAUCACGUUGUGUGAGCAAGGCCUGUGUCCCAUGUUGUGUAUCGAUGUGCUUUGUCGCCGUAACGCGAGCACCUGACGUUCCCCGUAACACGUUUUAAACUACUCCUGCACGGUCUCCAUGCUGCAGCCUGCGCCUUCGUGAAAGGCUGUGGGGGGUUGAGAAUCGCUGCGCCCGGCUACGACUGUAAAAAAAACUAACAACAGCGCAUCAAACCCUCGUACACGGCGCCACUCGUGGCCGCUACAGUGAAACGAUGCCCUUUUUUGGAGGGGGUAAGAACGGUAAGCUAAUCAAACGAAAACAACAAAAUAAAGUUUGACUUGAA